UGUUGCACAAACGGCACAAACUCACAAUUUACAAAAAUCAAAUCAAGCAGGAGCUCCUCACAACUACACAAGCUGACAGAAUUCGGUUCGAAUGGCGUGAAGAUUUUGGUAUUUUCCCGUAGUAAAUGAAAAUGGGAGCGCUAAACACCUAGAUUUUGUAUACUGAAAGUGACUGAGUCUGCUGUGGUGGGAGAGAUUCGCUGGUGUGUGAAGUCGAUCGUGGGAGUUGAAAUGAACUGAGCAUUAGAAACUUUGUCUGCAAGAAGCCUAGGAACGACACUAUGACGUAGAGUCAGUCACCAGACCCGACAUCUUCUCAUCCAGAUCAACACACUUUCUUGUUGUUCCACAUUGUUAUUUCUCGUCGUGCACUCACAAAUGAGCAUGUCUGCGAAAGGCCCCCAGCAGUCCCCGUCGUCGCUCAGCCUGCUGCUGCAGACGGAGUUCAACACGACGGUGGCCCCGCCCAUGACGCUGGCGCCGACCACUGAGGCGCCGCCGUUGCCGUGCGAUGGAAUCCGCUACGACUACGAAGUGCCCAUCGCUGUGGUGUGCGGCAUGUGCUUCGUCUUCGGAAUCAUCUUUACGUUCUUCGGAUAUCGCUGCUUCAGGGCCAUCAUGUUCCUGAUCGGCUUCAUCCUAGCCUCCGUGGUCAUCUUCCUCAUCUGCUUAGAGGAGAGCACCCUCGUCAUCGGCGUCAACAUCGGCAUCUCCCUAGGGGUAGGGGUGGUCUGUGGCCUGGCCACCAUGCUCUUCAAGGUCUUCGGUCUCUUCGUAACGGGCUUCCACGCCGGGAUGCUCCUCUCGGCGGCCGUGCUAGUCAUCCUAGAGCAGGUCUACCAUCCGGACAUCAUCUGGGUGCCGCUGGGCAUAACCUUCGGCGUCGGGACAAUCUGCGGGCUCGCCACGCUCAAGUUCCAGCGCCACCUGGUGAUCAUCGCGACGGGGAUCAUAGGGGGCGCUGUGGUGGCGACCUGCGCGGACUAUUACCUGGAGCUGUUCCGGAUGGUGGAGUACGUCUACGACCGGUUCCGGGUGCAGGAGUCGCACGCGCCGUGCUGGUACAGCUGGCUGAUCUUGGGAACGUGGCCCGUUAUCGCGCUGCUGGGGAUCGUGAUACAAUACCGAGUGACGGCUAGAGGGUAUGAUCACAGAGAUGGUAAAAAAAAAAUGAUGAAGUCACAUCACGUGGAACUGCACAAGAUAAAAAAGCAUCAGUCCAGAGACGGCAACGAAGUCCGACUACAAAAAUAUCAAAAUCUUUACCGGGUCCGACGGUGCAAUGGAGAUGUGGUGGCUGUGAGCUACCUUCAGAGUAUUCAGAAUCAUCUCUCACCUGAGAUGCAGCGUAUUGCCUCCACGACACAUCUUCCUCCAGAGCCGGUCAUCCCGCCCCCGAUCCCGCCCCCUCCAGAGAUGACCACGACGCUACUCAGCAACGCAUCCACCACCAUCACCACCAUCGGCCCGGUCACGCACAUAGAUGACGCCGAAAUUGCUGACGUAUAGCGUACGGUUUUUCAAUAGUGGAUGGUAUUGCUUUGCCGAUCAUGCGGUCUUCUGAGACGCCAAUUUUAAACCGUCUGGGCACUGACUCUUUAAAUCAGAGCACCUGCCUUGAGUCAUACACACACUAGUCUGGCAACCAGAUCUCAUAAGAAUCUGUGGGAUUCCAUUGGUUGCUUUGUGCCAUGAGGCUUGUCCGUUUGGUGUGUGAUUGGUUGAAAUUACUAACAAGUUCCAUCAUGCUGUGUCUUAGAUAAAAUACGUAUGUAUUUGACCUUAAAAGGCCAUGAGAACUAAAGAGUAUGUUACGCUACAUGUAUGACAGAUACUCAGUGUAUCUUCCUCAGAUUGAUGCAUGCCUGGGAAAAAAAAGAGGGUUCACGUUUGAUCAGCCGUUCCUCAAGUAAACUGUAAGUUCACUGUUAACAAUUACAUGCGACACACCAAUCUUUUGGGGGUGAAUGUCCCCUGCGACAGCAGGCAACAACUGUUUUGUUAUAUUGCGGUGGUGUGUUCAAGAGGUAGUCAUGAGAUAUGAAGGCAAUCCCAGCAUUACCAAGGAAGUGUAAUGUCUGUGACAGAACCAAAUUAACCAUGAUAUCUAAUUAAUAACGAUUCAGAGAAACAAUCCGAAACUGCUAGUCUAGAAUCUCCUUGACAGUUUAUGAUGGAUGUAUAAGAGUUUGAAUAGUACAUUUUCAAGUUUAUUCACCGAGUUUUCAAAGUACCCAAAAGUGUCUGAUUUGUAACGUCUGUGACGCAGGAAUCGCCCUCAACUGUCUCGCUUCAAAGCGUAAAAUCUGAACGGACUGAAAA